GGAAAAACCUGCAAUCCCAGAAUGGCUCUCAGCCUUGACUGGAGGCUCUAAAUGACUGAGGGUCCCCACAAUGCUGUCUCCAACCUGGAUGCAGAGAGCAAAGUGAGUGUCUAUUACCGAGCACCUUGGCAUCAGCAAAGAAAUAUUUUCCUCCCCUCCACAAGGCCGCCGUGCGUAGAGGAGCUGCACCACCACGCCAAGCAGAACCUGCGAGCCUUGCACAGAGAGCAUCGAAACCGAGGUGAUAACAGAGAGCAAAAAGUCCAAGGCUCCAUCUCUGUGGUGGCUCCCCCCUUUCCUCCCUUCCCUGCAAUCUGCAGUCAAAAGAGGCAAGCGAUAAAGGACCGGCACUUGCUACCAUUUAACAGCACCCGCUCGCCCUCCCCAAUUGAGUGUUGCCACAUGACCCCAUGGAGUAGAAAGUCCCGUCCACCAGAGGACGAAGAUACAGAUGUCAUGUUAGGGCAGAGGCCGAAAAAUCCAAUACAUAAUAUCCCUUCUACACUGGAUAAACAAACCAAUUGGAGUAAAGCACUACCUCUCCCAACACCAGAGGAGAAAAUGAAACAAGACGCCCAAGUGAUUUCUUCUUGCAUUAUCCCCAUCAAUGUCACUGGAGUUGGUUUUGACAGAGAGGCUAGUAUACGCUGCUCUCUUGUUCAUUCACAAUCUGUACUACAGCGGAGACGAAAGUUGAGGAGGAGGAAAACCAUCUCUGGCAUCCCCAGAAGAGUGCAACAAGAAAUAGAUUCUGAUGAAUCGCCGGUGGCAAGAGAACGCAAUGUGAUUGUGCAUGCAAACCCAGACUUCUCCAGCGCUGCCAACAGGAGGUCGGGUACACGGGACUCGGAGUGUCAGACUGAGGAAAUACUCAUUGCUGCUCCAUCCCGAAGACGGAUCCGAGCACAGAGAGGGCAGAGCGUUGUCGCCUCUCUGUCACAUUCUGCUGGCAACAUUUUGGUGCUAGCAGACAAUGGGGAUGCUGUGUUUGCUACCACAGUGAGCAACCGCAUCCGGUCACGGAGUCUUCCUCGCGAGGGUGCAAGAGCCAACGAAGGCGAUCAGGAUGCCAGUGCCAAAAGUGCAGUAUAUGAAGCAGAACGCUUUCUAGCAAGCCAGGAAAGGAUCCCAAAAAAGGGGAAGGAGGUCAUGAACAAACAGGGUUCACAGGAACACCAGCCCAUAGGUUUAACGUGUCCUCAGCACCUGCACAGCCCUGAUCACAGCAUUAACGAGAGAGGGAGAUCACGACUGUCAAGGAUGGCAGAUUCUGGAAGUUGUGAGAUUUCAUCCAACUCGGAUACCUUUGGGAGCCCCAUUCACUCAAUCUCCACAGCAGGAGUCCUGCUCAGCAGCCACAUGGACCAGAAAGAUGACCACCAGUCCUCCAGUGGGAACUGGAGUGGGAGCAGCUCCACGUGUCCUUCUCAGACGUCUGAAACCAUUCCUCCUGCUGCCUCUCCUCCGCUGACGGGCUCUUCGCACUGUGACUCCGAGCUGUCGCUGAACACUGCUCCCAAUGCCAAUGAGGACUCCAGUGUCUUCAUCACAGAGCAGUUUGGUGACCACGUGGAUAAGGUCAGAGGCCACAGGGCAAGCUCCUUCACCUCCACUGUAGCAGAUUUACUUGAUGACCCCAACAACAGCAACACUAGUGACAGUGAGUGGAACUACUUGCACCAUCACCAUGAUGCGUCCUGUCGCCAGGAUUUCAGCCCUGAGCGCCCAAAGGCUGACAGCCUAGGAUGCCCAAGUUUCACAAGCAUGGCCACUUACGAUAGCUUCCUAGAGAAGAGCCCAUCGGACAAGGCAGACACUAGCUCACACUUUUCCGUGGAUACUGAAGGAUACUAUACCUCCAUGCACUUUGAUUGUGGUCUCAAGGGUAAUAAAAGUUAUAUUUGCAACUAUGCAGCCGCAGGCUCUGAGAGUGGCCAGAACGCGAGCGUGACCUCCAGUCUCACUGACUGCACCUGGCAGGACUGCAUGAACCACAGGAGGCAGGGAAGGCAGAGCAUCUCUCUGAAGAAACCAAAGGCAAAGCCAGCCCCACCAAAACGCAGCUCGUCUUUGAGGAAAUCUGAGAGCAGCACAGAUCUUCCUGAAAAGAAAGAACCAAAGAUAAGCAGUGGGCAGCACGUGUCUCACACUUCCAGGGAAAUGAAGCUGCCGCUUGAGUUUUCAAACACACCUUCCAGAGUGGAAAACUCUAAUCUACCAACCAAACAGGAGCUCUCCUGGGGGAACCAGAAUGACAGCGGAUUAAAGGACACUCAGUUUGACACCACAGAUAUUCCGUCAUUUAAAGAUGAAGGUGCUGAACAAUCUCACUAUGCAGAUCUCUGGCUUCUAAAUGACUUGAAAUCUAAUGAUCCUUACAGGUCUUUAUCUAAUUCAAGCACUGCUACGGGUACUACAGUCAUAGAGUGCAUCAAAUCACCAGAGAGCUCUGAAUCCCAAACGUCUCAGUCUGGAUCAAGAGCCACCACCCCAUCCCUCCCUUCUGUCGAUAAUGAGUUUAAACUGGCCUCCCCAGAGAAGUUGGCAGGGUUAGCAUCCCCCUCCAGUGGAUACUCCAGCCAGUCAGAAACGCCAACCUCUUCUUUUCCAACAGCUUUCUUUUCUGGACCUUUGUCUCCCGGAGGUAGCAAGAGGAAGCCAAAAGUACCAGAAAGGAAGUCGUCCCUGCAGCAGCCGCUGUCUAAAGAUGGCAUUGUGCCUGCAAACAAAGACCUAGAGCUUCCCAUUAUACCUCCCACUCAUCUCGACCUAAGUGCUCUUCAUAACGUCUUGAAUAAACCCUUCGCGCACAGGCACCAGUUGCAUGCUUUCAACCACAAUAAACAGAGCAUGGUAGGAGAAGCACUAAAUCCCAAUCCUCCGUCUGCCCUCGCUAUCACACCUUCCGUUCUAAAAUCUGUUCACCUUAGAUCAGUUAAUAAGCCUGAAGAAGUGAAACAAAAAGCUAGUACUACAGACCUGCUCUGUGUACAAGAAACCACAUUAAUGGUGACUGAUGUUUCUCCAGGCAAAAUGAGGCCGCUCCUGGCUAGGAAACCAAUAUCACGUCAGUAUUCCACUGAGGAGGCCAUAAUGUCAUAUAUUGACACUUCCCCAGCAGAAACAGGCCCUGGAAAUCCACCUUUAGAAAAAAGCUCCUCUUUCAGUGGAGAGAAUAAUUGUGAGCAAGAAACUGUAACUUCAGCGAACGUGGGUCUGGCUGAAAUUAAACCCUUGAAAGACCAAAUGCACGUGGCCACUGAGCACUUGCCAGAAAAUGCUCUAACUCAGACUUGUGCCAUUUCUGCAGAAGGGUUUCAGAAAGGCUCAGCUGUCUCCUCAAAUGAUUACGAAGCAAAGAAAACUAACCAAGGAGUAGAACAGGAAAGCAACCUUGACCAAGUGCAGAUUCAGUAUGAGUUUGCUGGAGGCUGUGAACAAAAGUUGGAAUCUGAACCUGUGGGCGAAACCUCAUCUCAGCCGGAGGGGGCUGACAUUAGUGAUCAGCUUAAGCACCAACUUGAUUUAAGCCACCAUGUGCCUGGGAAUAUCAGCUACGAAUCAGAGAUAGCAACAGUAAAUUCACUCAGUGAAAAAACUUCCAAGCAGGAAAAUAACACUGCAUCAGGUAUUCCGACCAAAAGUGCCUCUGACAACAGCAGAGCAGACGAGACACAGGGGAGCACAGAAGAGCCUUCACCGAAAGAAUCUUCUCCGAGCGACGAUUCCAUAAUUUCACCAUUGAGUGAAGAUUCUCAGGCUGAGACAGAGGAUGUUUUUGUGUCUCCAAAUAAACCACGCACUACUGAGGAUCUCUUUGCAGUCAUUCACAGAUCAAAAAGGAAAGUUCUUGGGAGAAAGGAUUCUGGAGACCUUUCUGUAAGAAACAGAUUGAGAGCUUCAUCUGGGAGCAGCAGCCAGCCACCUGCCAGCAGCACAUUGCCUGCCAGCACCGUGCCACCCCCCAGCAGUGUGGGUACUCCCAUAAGCAGCCAGAGGGCCCCCGGGCUUAUAUACAGGGAUGCCAAAAAAUCCAAGCUGCUCCUAAAGAAGGGCAGUCGGUCUGAUUCUAGCUACAGGAUGUCUGCCACGGAGAUCCUGAAAAGCCCCAUUUUGCCCAAGUCUCCCGGAGAGCUGUCAGUGGAUGUCCCUCAAAACCAGGAUGAGUCACCCCAAGCAGCCAGCCCCGAUGCAUCUUCCCCACUUUCUCCGUGCUCCCCGAGAGUCAACGCAGAAGGGUUCUCCUCCAAGAGCUUUUCCAUGUCGGCGUCAUCGAGAGUGGGGCGCUCCCGGGCGCCUCCGGCAGCCAGCAGCAGCCGGUACAGCGUACGCUGUAGGCUGUACAACACGCCGAUGCAGGCUAUCUCUGAAGGAGAGACGGAGAAUUCGGAUGGCAGCCCUCAUGACGACCGAUCAUCUCAGAGUUCAGCAUAGGCUGCGGGAACUCCAGAGCCCCACCGUUGACUGUGAAACAUGUAAAACGCUGAAACCACUUGGGUUAAGUAACGAUGUGAAUAUAAAAGGCCAACGCUGUAGCAGUCAAAAACAUUGCAGGGCAAUAUUGAUGCUUAAACGUGGUUGUGUUUAUAAGACGCUAGGGAAACAGAGGACUAAAGCUGUAGCUAUUUAUUACUUUACGUUUUCUAAAAGUAGAAAGAUAUGCUAUGUCUAGUCUGUUUUCUUUUAGCUUCAUUUGAUUUAACCCACUCCCUUUUCUGUCGCCACUGUAGAUUUCAAGGCUAUUCACUUUUCAUAGAGUUAAAAGCAACUUUUUGUUUUUCCAGAAGCUGCCCAUCUAGAAACAAAUCCCUCACUGUAGUGCUUCCCUAGGGGAAAAAAAAAAAGAAAAUGGUCUUGAGGAUUGGUAUUUUUCUACACUAAAAUAAAUGAGCUGAAACAAAAUUUAGAAGAAAUUAACAAAACAUAUGUAAAUACCAUAUUUUUGAUAAAAAUCUGUAAAUAGAAUUAUCAAAAGUGGACAUGUGGCAAAUGAUUUACUGCAUAACAACUUUGUUUAUAAAAGACAAAAGAAGUUAAAUGUAGCAACUGUAUUCUGUGAAUACCAUUUUCAAAUCAAACAUAAUGCUUACAUGGCCACCAAAAACCACUUUCAGUGUGAAAAGCCUCAAAAGUGACAUUUAGCAGUUGAAAGAAAUUCUCAAUGUUAGUUAAUGAAAUGUAAAGGCUAACUAAGAACGGACUGAAGUAACCAUUUGUCUUUCAAAGAUCGCUCCAAGCAAGCUAACUGAAAAGUGCAGCUGUGAGUUUUACCAUAAUAAUUGGUCGGGAAGGCAAGCAUGCUUCUGAUAGAGCAAAGUCAUUUCUAACACAGAGCCCCUAACAGUCCCAUUUGACAGUGUCCCUUAGGCCUUUAUUCUAACAUGGAUUGCUUUAGAAAGACUAGAUAAGAAGACAUAGUACUUAUUUUCAUAUUCGUAUUAGGCUAUUGGGAUACAUAACACAGUCAUAACCUGGUAACUAUAAUCGUUAAACAUGAUUAGUUUCUGGUUCUUAAAGGAAGCAAAUAAAUUAUAAGCAUGCAACAAGCGCUUUCAAUUUAUCAGUAAAUAUCUGCGAUGAGUUUUCAGUGAAGCUUUCUCUUUGUGCUGAUGAGAUUCAUGCUACCUAAAUAUUUACAAAAAUGACACUGUGAAAAUGUUGCUGGGAAAUAGGUAUGUGUAUGCAUUAUUUAUAUUCAUUGUUAAACUGGGAAGGGGAAAGCUCUGGUUCAUAUGCCAGCCACAUACAGUUUGGAUUUUGUCUGGGUUUACCAGAAAUGCUUAACAGGGUGGGGGAAUGGGAUGGGGUGGGAAAGGAGACAAAUCAAAGCAACUGCUUUGGUAAAAAUGAAGGCAGGGAAAUAAAAGCUGAAUUACUUGAAGUUACUUGAAUUUUCUUGUCUUAAAACUGAAAGAACGUGCAAGUGAGAAACAACCCACAAGUUGCUUUACGCUUUUAAUUUUUUAAACAAAUUAAAGCCAAUAGGCCUGAUUCUCCUUUGGGCCACCAUCGUUUCCAGCAAUGUAGCCCCGUCUAAGCUACUCAGAGAACAAGGCCCUCUUUGUCCAAAAUUUAUGCAGUUGGUGAUGAUUGCUAUAGGAUAAGCUUUGCAAUACGGGAAGGGUUAGUGCAGAGAAAACAGUGCGAGAGGGAAUGUGGUGUGCAGUAGGGCGGAGUGCGUAGGAUGGCAGAACGCACGUGCUUUGGUACUUACGAGAUCAACUGAAAGCUGGCUUCAAGCAUAAGUAAAUGAUCGGGAAGCGGAUGUGUGAAAUGAGUUUUUACUGUUCUUUGCUUUCAGUCACGUAAAGCGUAAAGCUGAGAGCUUUUAAAGCAGGCAGAUCAUGUUUUAAAGAGGAAGGUUUUACUUAAAACUGUUACGAUUCCGAAAAGUUUGAGCAAGGUAGAAUGGUUUGACAAAUCCUGAAUGUUAUUUCCCAUUAGGUUAUGUCUGAUUUCAUGGAGUGUUGACCACAAGAAAUAUAUAAUUCAGGGUUUCCUACCGUCCUCCUGUGUAGCCUGAUUGUGUCUGGUAUGCGAGAUAGAAUCACUAUGCGUGUGGUAUUUCUGUUGGGAAGAGGGGUGGAAAAUCAGCUCCAAGGCUUCAAAAUCAGGAAGUCUAAAAUAGCAUUAAAAAAGGUAAGCUGGAUAAGGUUUUGGAAAUAAAAGGCUAGUCUCAUUAAUAGCUUAGUUAAGAAAAUAAGUCUAAACACAAGUGGAAUGAAUGAAUGAGAAUGUCUUAAUAGGAAAUGUUUAGCAUGAAACAAAACACUUUCUGGAGAACAUGAGUAAAGGAAGUUUAGAUAUUGGGCAGAAAAUCCUUAGUCUGUCAUCUUCAGUCAUUUUCCGUACCAAUUUUAACGGGAGCACUUUUAUAACAUGUUUAUUCUUAAAAGUGUUACAUGUGCUUAAAAGUGUUAUGAUUCUAAACUUUAAAGAGAAAACAGCUGAAAGAGCUGCUUGAUGACAUCACUUUUUAUUACCAAUUGACAGUUUCACAGAGAUACCUUAUACAAACAUAUAUACAUUGGAAAAAAAAAAAAAAAGCAUUUUUGACUUGCGUGGUGAGGCAGGAAGAUAUGAAAUGACCACAAAACAAUCACAUGAAAAUACAGUUUUACUUCUUUUAAAUUCUAUAAAAGGGUUUUUUUCCUAUUUUAUGUUUAACGGAUUGAAACCCAAAUAAGGACGGAUUGUAAAUCCACCGUCAAGAAAAGAAUUCCAAACCAAUGUGGGAGUCAGAGAACGCAAGUGGAGGGAGACCCCUUUAGUGAGGGAAGGGUGCCUUUAAGGCAGGAGAGGACAAGCUGUAAAACAAAAGGACCAUCACUCGCACCUCGAAACAGGGUACAGGGCGUACAUUAGGUAACUGGUGAACCAUCAUUUCAGCCGAUUGUUCUGUUGUUUGCACUGAUGUUAUGGAAAUAAUUAUUGAAGUUAUACAGCUGUGUGUUCUGAAAAAUAACAUUCCCCCCCCCCCUUUUUUUUGUGGCAGCAUAGAGGACAUGGAAUAGUUGUAGCAAAUAAAGCAUACGUUUGCUUUUGCCAAAGGUCAGUGAUUGAGUGCAUUUGCUGCAAUGGUGGCAGAUAUAGAGAAAUACUGUAGGUUAUGACUUAAAGAAUUAAAAAAAAAAUUAAGAAGGUUACAGUGUAACUAUUUUGGUACUAGCACCAGUUCAUGCUGGCAGAAAAGACAAUGGUUUAUGGACUUGCAUCCAUUUUGUAUUUUUGUAAUAUUUGUAAAUAUGAACUUUUUAAAUUGUUGCAAAGAUGGUUUCUUUUGUAAAAUGUUUUCAAAGUUUACAUUAAAUCCAAGCCUUUGUAUAUUUUAGAGCUGUGCAACACUUUAAGUCUUGUAUUUAUUUUUAGUAAAAACGGUGACAGUUUCAUUGUGAACCCCUCUCAAAAAAUGUGUCGGAAAAGUUUGAUUACCUAGAAAGUGUGUAUAGAAACAGCAAAUAAACGUGACUGCAAUUAAAUCACACAUUCUCUUUAUUUUCUUGUAAUGAAACGUUAAGUCUACUCUGCAGACUACAGGUAUGGCAUUUCCAAAGGUAAGUGUC